ACCCGGAAGUUACUGUAUCGUGUAAAUUCACAUGUGGAUUGUAGUGCAUUUGUCUUGCGAGUGGCUAGUUAUGGAUCAGACACAAAACAUUGUCAAUAAAAUCUCUUCUAAAGAUUUGUUGACAUGCGGCAACGGGAAAGGAAUCCACGAGAAACUUCUAUUGAAGUCUAAAAGUGCUCGUUUGGAGACUCAGAAGGUGCCCAGAAGUAAUGUGUUGGACAGACUACAGAGUUUCCUUCCCCAAAUCGCCCAGGCAAAUGAGACGUUAAGACAGCAGGCUGAACAGGCUCCUGAUGGAUGUUUUGACAUUGAGAGUGUGGAGGAUGCAGAGAAAAUCAUUGAAAUGGAUGUUGCUCUGGUUGAGCUGGAGGACUCAAACAGUAGUGAAGAGGAGGUUGAGUCAUCAACAUCGUCUGAGGAAGACAGCUCAGAGGAAGAAGUUACUGCAGAGACAUUCAAACUUCCAGGACAAAGAAAACGAACAGCCAACAUCCAGGUGCUGGGAAAGGAGGGAGAGUGAGGGACACUGGCUCGGGUGAAGGACACCUGUUACUCAAAGCUGUUUCUAUGCUUCAUGUGCCUUUCAUGUUUUGGAAGCCUCAAGACUGUUAUUAGUUUGACAUGACCAUGAAUCUGUGAUCUCCUGCUAGAUGGGUUCAGAGACUGGCAUUAACACAGUGGCAUAUUUGGAAAAAUAAUUAUUCCUCCUAUUGUUGGAGAAAUGACAACAGACUUUGUUGAAUACUUCAAUGUACUGUACAUAUAUAUAAAGAAAAAUUAGGUGUUGUAAUAAAAAAACACAUUUUUUGUA